AUGGAGUGGAGCAAUAAGUCUGUGGUGACUGAAUUCAUUCUGUUGGGUCUGUCUAGUUCUUGGGGACUCCAGCUUACCCUUUUUUUUGUCUUCUCUAUAUUUUAUGGAGCUGCUGUUCUGGGCAACCUACUUAUUAUCCUCACAGUCAUUACAGACUCUCGCCUGCACUCUCCCAUGUACUUUCUCCUCAGCAAUCUCUCCUUCAUUGAUGUAUGCCAGGCCACCUUUGCUACUCCCAAAAUGAUUGCUGACUUCCUCAAUGAGCACAAGACCAUCACUUUUGAGGGUUGCAUGUCUCAAAUCUUUUUUUUACAUGUAUUUGGGGGCAGUGAAAUGGUGCUUCUUGUGGCAAUGGCCUAUGACAGGUACAUUGCUAUUUGCAAACCCCUUCACUAUAUGACCAUCAUGAGUCAACGUGUGUGCACUGCUUUGGUGGGGGUUUCAUGGACUAUUGGUAUCCUGCACUCAGCAAGCCACUUGGCUUUCACAGUGAACUUGCCUUUCUGUGGGCCCAACAAGGUAGAUAAUUUUUUCUGUGACCUUCCCCUAGUGAUCAAGCUUGCCUGUUUAGACACUUACUUUCUGGAGAUCAUGGUACUGACGAACAGUGGGCUGCUAUCCCUCAUCUGCUUUAUCCUUUUACUAAUUUCUUACACAGUCAUCCUUGUUACUGUCAGAAGUCGAUCCUCUAAAGGGACCUCAAAAGCACUUUCUACCUUGUCUGCUCAUGUUACUGUUGUGGUGCUUUUCUUUGGGCCAUUGAUCUUCAUCUACAUUUGGCCUUUUGACAGUUUCCCUAUUGACAAGUUUAUCUCUGUGUUUUUCACUGUCUUUACUCCAUUCUUGAAUCCAGUCAUUUAUACUCUAAGAAAUGAAGAGGUAAAAGCAGCCAUGAGGAAACUGAGGAAUCAACACAUAGAGUCGAAGGUGAUGUCCUAA